AUGAAUUCUAAUGUUAAUUAUUCACCAUUUAUUGAACACUCAUUUCGGCGACUAUCGCUUCUAAUUCAUCAACAAGACAUUCUUAAUGCUACUACACCGUCGACUACUGCUAGUACAACAGGUGAAAAAUCAUCCAAUGCAUUAUUAUUAGUAAAAAAUAAAGAGAAUAAGUUUGACAAUAGUUGUUCAUUAUCAUUCUUAUCUGAAGAGCGAUCUCAUCAACAAUCUACUGAUCGUAAUACAACUAAUUCAAAUGAAACCAAGACGAAAUUUGCACCAAUAACAAAAACAAAUCGAACUUUUAUGCGUCCACCCAAAACUCAAACAACUUCAUAUCGUUGUUCAUCAUUGCAUCUGUCUGAUCAAUCAGAAACUUCUUUGAGUCGUUCAUCGAAUGCUCCUUGUUCGCCUUCUAUAACGCAACAAAAAUUGAAUGAACUACACGUUCAUAUACCUGUUGAACGAAGUUUAUAUGAUAUUAAAUUUGAACGAGAUCGUCAUAAUGAUUUACGUGAAAAAUACAAUAUUCCUCCACCGUUUCAACGGAAAUGGUUACGAGAACCACGCUAUACACCGAAGGAACGACCAAAUUGCGGUCAAGUUCAACAAUCAGAAAACUAA